GUCAUUUCAGUUGCGUCACAUGAAGGUUACCGCAGCAAGUCUCUUCCACACAAUGUUUUCAUGUGUGUUAAUUUAUUGACCUUACACUAAAAUGGGUUACUGACAUGCCCUGCUGAUAUACCCACAUAGAAGCUGACUGUUACCGAGAUUUUUGCUGCACUUCCGGACUACAAAAGUCUCCUGGACAUUGACUGUGCUGCUGCAGUCUGUCGCAUGUGUUCAUUUCCAAACACAUGAGCUCCGCGGCAGAGCUGUGACAAUCGACCUUCAGGAACUUCAGACACACAACCACGAGUGUUUGUUGUGUCAAAGCUAGAAUGAUUUUCCGGUGCAACGUUUCUCCCUUGCAAACAUUAUGAUAAGAUGUGCAGACAACAUGCACAACUUGGCGCGUUACCUCAUCUUUUUUCAGUACAUCGGGACCAGAUACAGGGGUGCAACCAAAGUGCCUUCACAUCAGCAUGACAGGAAAGGAGUCCAGGACCACUUGGAGGAUGCGAUCCGGAGGCUGAGGCCGAACAACCCAGUGUCUCUGUCAGUGUCCAGCAGGACAGACUCUGGGGUCCACGCCCUCUCUAACUCCGCCCACUUUGACCUCCAGCGCAUGAAGGACAAGCCGCCGUUUACUGAAGACGUUCUUGUUGAGGCUCUUAAUUAUCACCUCAGGACAGAACAAAUCAGGGUCACCCAUGCCCACCGGGUUCCUGAUAACUUCCAUGCCCGUCACCGUGCCCAGUCUCGCACCUACAUCUACAGAAUUGCUCUGGGAUUCUCUAAACAGUCCCUCCUUCCCCUCACAGACUGUGAACUGUGCUGGAACCUCAGUAACAUGGAGCUGGAUGUGGAAGCCAUGCAUAAGGCCGCUGCCAUGCUCGUCGGGACUCAUGAUUUCAGCAGUUUCAGGGCGAUCAGCACUGACACGCCGUUUAAAAGCCCUGUGAAGACGCUGGAUGUGGUCGAUAUACAGCCAGGAAGCUCCUUUGCCAGUGCACACUUUCACAGAGAGAUCCCAUUCUGGGAGCUGAAAUUUCAAAGCAGAUCUUUUCUCUAUAAGCAGGUGCGGAGGAUGACGGGGGCCCUGGUAGCUGUAGGCCAAAGGCGACUCUCAGUGCCCCAGCUGAGAGACAUAAUGGAGGCUCGAGACUCUCUGAUCUACCCAAAGUGUCUGGCUGCUCCAGCCAACGGCCUCUUCCUCGCCCGGGUGGACUACAGAGAGGAAGGUAAGCAAGUCAGACAGAAUAGAUUCAGCAAAGCCCCAACGUCACAGUUAUCUUUUAAUACAGAAAAAAAUAUUGUUUGUAUUCGACGGCAAGAAAUGUAUUCUAGGAUAAUGUUGCUUGGAACUUUGCAAGCUUGAAGCAAUCACUGAUCCUUCAGUAGCACACUCAGUAGGGUAACUGAACUGAAACCCCUGACAAUGUCCGAAGAUCAAGAGCGAAAUAGGUUCCAGGGUCUUUUGCCUCCAGAGAUGCAAAGGACACAGUGGAUCACACAGCAAGUCUUGUGUUGCAGGAAGAUUGAGAAAGAUUUAAAAAAAAAAAAAAAAAAAAAAUAGAAUUCUUAGUUUUAUCUUUGCCUUCUUAUGAAAAUCUGUAGUUUAUUCAGACUUGAACAAAUCAAACAAUCUGAAAAAAGUACUAUAGCAGACAUUUCUUAGAACAAUAGAGAACAGACAACUUGCACAGACCUCUUGAUGAACACCAAUCAGCCACAUUUUCUACCAGAAUAACUCUGACCCAUAAAGGCAUUGACUUCAUAAGACCUCUGAAGGCAUCCUGUGGUAUCAUGCACCAAGACGUUAUUAAGAUCCUUUAAGUCUUAAAAAAGGUACAAAGUGGGGCCUCAAUGGAUCAGACUUGUUUUUCUAGUACAUCUCACAGAUGCUUGAUUAGAUUGAGAUUUGCACAUUUUUGAGGCCAAUUCAAUAUCUUGAACUCUUGGUGAUGUUCCUCAAACCAUUCCUAAACAAUUAUCGUGCUACAGUAGGUCACUGCCAUCAGGGAAAGCUGUUGCUUUGGCAGGAUAUAUGUGGCCUGCAGCAAUGCUUAGGUAGGUGAUACGUAUCAAAGUAACAUCCAAAUGAAUGCCUGGAGUCAAGGUUUCCCAGCAGAACUUUUACCAAAACAUCACACUGCCUGAGUCGACUUGCCUCCUUCCUGCCCCUCUCUCCAACACUAUAUGCACCCAAUUGUCCACAUGAUGUGAAAGAAGACAAGAUUAACCAGAAUGGGUCACCUUCUCCCAGUUAGAUUCUGUUUUGAUGCCCGCUGCUCUUUUGGCCGUGAAAAAGGGGUCAGCAUGGACUCACAUCUGCCGUUUUGGAGAUGCUCUGACUCAUUUGGCGAUCGCAGUUUGGUUCUAGUGAAAGUCACUCAGAUCCUUACGCUGCCUGUUUUUCCUACUUCCCCUUUGACAGCUGCCACUGUAAUGUAAGGAGAUAAUUAGUGUUUUCACUCUACCUGUCAGUGGGUUUAAUCUAGUGGCUGAUUGCUGUAUGUUGUAGAUCACCAGUUGCUUUUCAGUUGUCUACCAUAAAUGGCAAUAUUUUGAGCAUAAAAUGUAGUUUAGUAUUGACUGUAAGUUUUGAUACAAAUCAGACAUAUAGUCACUUUUGAGGUUGCCAUUGAUGCCUUAGGUGCUCUUUUGUUAGGAGUUUACAUGAUUUGUGUCACAUUUUCUUUAUCAGAACAUAUCUGAGUUAGCUCUUUGUUCCUGCCUCCUCAGACCUGCAUCCAUCUACAGGGAACUCAACGGACUGAUGCUACUUUAUUUCUAAACUAUUGUGUGAAAUUAUGUUAAUAAAGUUUUUUACUUUA